AGUUGGUGAUAUUAUGUCGGUCAAUUCGGAAAAAAAUUAGAAGCGGGCUCGGACUUAUUGAGGCAGGGACUAUGUCCCUGACUCGGGCUAUAUGGAGUCUGCACUGUAGGUUUUAAAUUUUAAACUUAUUGUUAACGGUGGCAAAACCUACACAAAGUAAAAAAAAUGUAAUUAAAGUUUUUUGCCGUAGAAUAAUUAAGUAUCUCAAUUCACUUAGGUAAUUAUCUGCGUAUUCAAAAUAAUACAAAAUCGGUAGACAAACACACAUCCAGUGAAAGUAUUUAGUAGGUCGGCGUCCUGUUCAAUAAAAGAAAUUUAUGAAAUAGUAAAAAUAAAAUGAGAAUUUCUUUCUUGAUUGGAACAUUGAAAUCAAAUUCCAACACGAUAAAAAACAGGAAAUAGACAAAAGAUAAUAAUCUUUUCCAGAAAUCGAUCAAAUUUCUUAAGACCAAUGAAUUAACUUUGAGCAAAGAAAGAAUUGCACAGCUUUCACUUAUCAAGUCGUCGUUCUCAAAAUUGUGAAGUUGUCGGGUGAAAGUUGGCGAAGAAAGAAAGAAAGCGCGAUAUACACAAGUUCUGAAAGGUUGGUGACACAAUUUUCGUACUUUUGGACAAAGUGAAAGUCGAAAUUCUUGCCAGAUUGGACACGUUUUUAUUGACAUUUUGCCCUGAAGAGAAAACUGAAAGAGAGCAACAGUUUGGUGGCGGCGUGUGGCUCGUCUGCAUUUUUAUGCGUUUCGUUCGUUGGUCAGUAACGACGAACCAUCGUGACGGAGAAAGUUCUGGAUUUCAUGACAAAUUCUGCUGAACAGUUUAAUGUGAAACUUCGUAAUUUCUAAAAAUAAAAACUGAGAAAUUCAAUUUUCAAAAUGUUACAAACUUUUGACUCUUGCGGAGAUAUUUGUAGAAAAUUUGUGGAUUUUUUAAAGAUAAAGUAACUUGAAGAAAUUGGUGAAAUUUGACAAUUGGUGGUUAAAAAUAAGCAGCCACGAUGGUGGCACGAAAAGGACUUCUCGCCCCACAAAACACUUUCCUCGACACAAUCGCGACCCGAUUCGAUGGAACACAUUCGAACUUUGUCCUGGGAAACGCGCAAGUCGCCACGCACCCGAUUGUGUACUGCUCCGACGGUUUUUGCGAGCUGACGGGAUGGUCGCGGGCGCAGAUAAUGCAAAAGGGGUGCGCCUGCAAAUUCCUGUUUGGCCAGGAGACGAGGGAGGAUCAAAUCCUGGAAAUUGCAAAAUCACUCGAACUCAAGUCUGAGCUGAAAUUGGAGGUCAUGUUAUACAAAAAGACGGGAUCUCCGUUCCUCUGCCUCCUCGAUAUCGUCCCCAUAACGAACGAGAAACGCGAGGUGGUCCUUUUCCUCGCCUCGCACAAAGACAUCACCCAAAUCAAAAGGCUCCACUCAGGGGACGAUGACGACGACGAUGACGACCCCACCCAUCCAUACGGAUCAGACCCGAACGGGAACCUUGAUCCGGAAGCACCCCCCGCAAAUUAUGGGAGGAGGCGAAGUCGCGCCGUUCUCUACCAACUUUCCGGACAUUACAUGAUGAAACCUCCGUCGGGGAAGCAGACCAAGUUGAAAUUGCAAAAUACGAUACUGCAGCCCACAGAAGCUCCGCUGCCCGAGUACAAAACCGCCGCUAUUGAACAAUCCCGUUUCGUAUUGUCGCAUUACGGCAGCUUCAAAACUUGCUGGGAUUGGCUUAUUUUGGUCGCCACGUUUUACGUCGCGGUCCUCGUCCCCUAUAAUGCCGCGUUUGGCGGGAGAAAUGAAUCCUCCGUGCCCUCCGUGCCAGAUGUCGUGGUGGAAGUUUUGUUCAUCAUUGAUAUUCUGUUCCAUUUUCGCACCACGAUUGUGAAUAAUAAAGGUGAAGUGGUAUCGAAUCCGACGGCGAUUGCGAUAAGUUACGCGAAAGGCUGGUUUCUCCUCGAUCUUCUCGCCGCGCUCCCGUUCGACCUACUUUUUGCGGCCAACAUUGUCAAAGAUGUGACCGGGGAAUCUCAAAUGCAUCUCUUAAAGCUGACUCGUUUAAUUCGACUGGCCCGCCUGCUACAAAAGAUGGACCGUUACUCGCAAUUCUCGGCGGCAAUUUUGACCCUGCUGAUGCUUUCUUUCACCCUCGCGGCACAUUGGUUGGCCUGCAUUUGGUAUGUCAUCGCCUCCAUCGAGGUCGAACAUAACGGACCAGAUUGGACUAUAGGCUGGAUGCAUGCCCUCGCGGAAAAGUUAGAAGUUAACGUUACCCAGAUUUCCAAUGCCGACAAAUACGUGACGGCCCUUUAUUUCACGUGCUCGUCCCUCACGUCCGUCGGAUUUGGCAAUGUCGCAGCUAACACGCUUCCCGAAAAGACUUUCUCCAUCAUCGUCAUGCUGAUUGGAGCUCUGAUGCACGCCAUGGUAUUUGGAAACGUGACUGCGAUCGUGCAGCGCAUGUACGCGCGGAGGUCACAAUAUCAAAGCAAGUGGCGCGACUUGAAAGAUUUUCUGAAACUUCAUCAAAUUCCGACAGAGUUAAAGCAACGAGUUGAAGACUACUUUCAGACCACGUGGGCACUAAAUCACGGCAUCGAUCCGCACGAGACGCUUAAAGGCCUCCCCGAAGAACUUCGUGGUGACAUGUCGAUGCAUCUGCAUAAGGAAAUUUUAUCCCUGCCAAUUUUUGAGCCGGCGCCACAUGGUUGCUUAAAACUGCUCUCGUUGCAUAUCCGCACCCAUUUUUGUGCGCCGGGAGAGUACUUGACGCACAAGGGGGAUGCCCUCCACUACAUCCACUAUCUCUCAAAUGGGUCCAUGGAAGUGGUCCAGGGCGACAUGGUGGUCGCUAUUUUAGGGAAAGGUGACCUCGUCGGGUGCGACAUUUCACACCAACUUCGCGGAACUGGAGGGUGCGAGGGGGGUCAGAUCAUCAAGUCAAGUUCGGACAUUCGUGCGUUGACGUAUUGCGAUUUGAAGAGUAUCCACAUCCCCGGAUUGAUCGCCGUGCUGCGAAUGUAUCCAGAAUUCGAGACCGAAUUUUCCCACGAUAUUCAACACGACUUAACCUACAACCUUAGAGAAGGGUACGAAUACGAAGCGGACUCUGAGGCGGACAUGGCAUUUUCUGAGAACGGUCACACCCUCCCGUCGCUCACUCUGCCGUCCAUUUCGGAAGACGAGGAAGCCGAGGAGGACGAAGAGGAGGAGGAAUCCGUCAGACGGCGCUUGCUGACCGGGCGCUCGGCCUCGUUCUCCUCAAAAUCCCCGCUCCUCCCGCGCGACCUGGCCAAGACGAGUAGUAAGCGCUCCCUCUCCGAGUGCGCUUCCACGGCGGAUGUGCACUCCGAGUUGAUCAGUUUGGCCCAGGAGAUGCGCAACUUGGUAAAAAAUUUGGACAAGGCGACCACAAAGGCGCCACCAAAGUUAGAGUCGCUCUCUUGGAAGUCGAACCCUUCUUUGAUUAAGAUGUGAACGUUAUAAAUUAUAAAAAACGUGUAUGUACCUGUGUGAUAUCGAGGAAGAGAUUAGGGAUUAGGUUAGGUCGGGAUUAAGGAGGGAGAUUAAGGAUUAAAUUUAAAAAAUCAAAGGAGUGAGGGGUAAGGAUUAAUUUUUUAAAAAUAAGGAAUUAAAAAUUCAGAUUAAGGUGAUUAAUUAAUCCCUAAUCGUAAUCCUUAAUCUUGGAUUACCCUGUGUGUGGAUAUCGUUUACGUAAUGGUUCACAUGAAUGGGAAAAUGAACAUAAUGGUAAUUAAUUACUUACACCUGAAAUUAAGCGUCCCCCAAAAUAAAAACGGGAUUAUUUACAUAAUUAUUACCUUAAUCAUUAUUGUCAACAAUAUUUGGGAUAUUUACCUUACGAGAUAUCAAAAUUAAAUUUUAAAUUUUGUGAUAUUUAAAGUUAUGGAGGGUCGGUACGCGUGUCGUAAAAUAUUCACUAUUAAUUAGUUGUAAGGUAUGCAGAUAUGUAUAACUACAUGUAAACAAUUUAGCAGUGUAUUUAUGUAUGAGUGUGAAAUCCAUGUGAAUAAAAGUCUAUCAUAUUUCGUAAUUAAA